AUGGAGAAAAAGGGAAAGAAACACUUUAUUUUGGUUCAUGGGGCUUGUCAUGGAGCUUGGUGCUGGUACAAGAUAGCGCACUUGCUAAAGUCAGAUGGCCACCAAGUCACUGCUUUGGACCUUGGUGCUUGUGGGGUCAACCCUAAGAAACUAGAAGAGGUUACCUCCUUUUCUGAAUAUGUGAAACCACUAAUGGAGGUCAUGGCCUCACUUUCUUCAGAUGAGAAGAUUAUUUUGGUUGGUCAUAGCUUUGGUGGGUUUAGCAUUUCUUUUGCUAUGGAGAAAUUUCCUGCGAAGAUCUUGGUAGCAGUUUUUGUCACAGCAUAUAUGCCUAACUGUAAAAACCCACCUGCAACUCUCAUAGGAGAAUUCUUCAAGUGGUCUCCAGUGGAAUCCCUAUAUGAUUGUCGGCUCUAUUUCACCCAUGGCCUAGAAAACCCACCAACUUCCUCUUCCUUUGGGCCAGAGUACCUGACCAACAUGCUCUAUCUGCAAUGUCCACAAGAGGAAAGUUUCCUAAUACCAAAUGGUGACUUGGAGUUAGGCAAAAUGCUGGUAAGACCUACUGGGGUUUUUGGGGAUGAUUUGAGUAAGGAGUCUGAUUUAACCGAAGCGAAUUUCGGAUCGGUAAACCGGAUUUUUGUGUUCUGUGAAGGAGAUGUGGUGAUGAAGGAGGGAUUUCAGAAGUGGUUGAUUGCAAAUAGCCCACCAAAUGAAGUGAAAGUUAUUAGUGAAGCUGCCCAUAUGGUUAUGCUCUCUAAGCCUAAAGAACUUUGCCAAUGUUUAUUGGAUAUUGCAGACAAAUUUACUUAACACA